AUGUAUCAAAUCGACUCGUCUACAAGGAAUAUUAUAUUUCUCGGCAUCAGUUUCUUCUCCGUCGGCAUCGCUUUGAACACGGCCGGUGAGAUUAUGAAGCUUUGAAUCAUUUUUUAAUGGAAUCUAUAGUUCUAGAAAAAAUUAUAAUUUUUAAAAAGAGGUCCAGUUUAGAAUAUGUGUUUUUUUCGAUUUUUUGAAAAGAUAUCCAAAAAAUAUUUUUCUUCAAUUUUGAUGAAUUCUGAAACUAGAAAAGAAUGAAAAGGACCAAUAAAAAUUAGAAACAUGUUGGAUUUUCAAAGAAUCUCAAAAUAAUCAAGAAAUUUCAGCUUUCAUCAUUGAACCGGCCGUGGAAGCUUCCUCGAACUCCACCGGCAUCAACCCUCAUGCUGGCUAUUACUGGUUGGUUUUUCCAAUAGAAACUAGAAAAUCCUCAAUGUUUUGAGUAUGUCGGUGAUGUACGCAACCUACACGGUCAGUACGAUCGUGGCGACGCCUUUGGUCGAUAUUUUACAGCCGAAAUGGGCAUUGUUCCUCGCGGCCGUUGGAUAUUCCAUUUUCUAUGUGGGAUUUUUUGAAAUUAUAAUAUUCGAUCUUGUUUCAUAUAAAAAUGACUUCAGAUCUAUAACUUUUCAAAAAAAAUUUUUUUCAGGGCUCUAUCAUGUGGGUGAACGAAAUGCUUUUAUACCUUGACGGCGUCAUUCUAGGCGCAUGUUCGGCCUGUAAGUCUGAUCGAAUUUUUUUCAAAUUCUAUACACUGCGACCCAUAAUUAUAGACCCACCCUAAUUUCUCCGAUUUUAAGAAAGAUUGAAAAACUUUGAGCCACCAAACUUUUUUUGUGAUAAACCUUGUUGAUAAGGAACAUAAUCAUAUCAUAAUUAUCAAUCACCCAGUUGAAAAGUUUUUCAAGAUACGAGAAAAUCUGAUUUUUGACCGACCCAGAAUUAUAGACCCACCCCAGAGUUCUCCGAGUUUUCGUUUCAGGUAACACGUUUAUCCUGUUUUUUUUAGUGGUAUAUAAGAGAAAAAGUCCUCGUGUAUCACUAUAAGCCAUAAUGCCUAAAUCUACUCAACUUGAUAAUACCGAAAAAGCGGUAAUCGAUGCUCUACUCAACAACGGCUUGUCCCAUCGGGAAAUCGCUCGUCAGACGGGUCGCUCAAGACGAACUAUUGACCGUUAUGCAAGGAAUCCGCAAGAAUACGGCACAGCAAUACAUUCUGGACGGCACAGGCUGCUAUCGGUUCAAGCUGAACGAGACGUCUGUCGAAAAGCAUCAAACUCUACGAUGUCCGCCAACCAAAUCAGAUCCGAAAUUCCUGAAAACGUCUCGAAGGACACCAUCUUACGAACAAUUCAUCGGUCCGGUCGACUUGUGAAUACUCCAAUGAAGGCAGCACCUCGUCUACAGCAACGCCAUAAGAAUGAACGGCUCCAGUUUGCACGCUCUAACAUGGCCACGGAUUGGAAUAAGGUAUCAAUGUUUUCUAUCACCUUAUGAUUCCCAAUUUUUCUGUUCAGAUCAUCUUCAGCGACGAGAAGAAAUUCAACCUUGAUGGGCCAGAUGGGUACGCUCACUACUGGAGAGAUUUGAGGAAAGAUCCGAUGUACUUCUCCAAGAGAAACUUCGGCGGCGGCAGCCUCAUGGUCUGGGCGGCUUUCUGCGGCAACGGGACGGUAGCUCUUUCUUUUUUUGGGACCAGAACGAAUUCGCAAGACUACCAGCAACUGCUUGCCCAGCAUCUCCUGCCCUCUCUCCGUCGCCGACGACGUGCUAAUAUGAUUUACCAACAAGACAAUGCAUCUGUUCACGCGAGCAACUCCACAUUGGCUUGGUUUGCGGCCAAGAACGUGGUUCUUCUGGACUGGCCCGCGUGCAGUCCUGACCUCAACCCUGUAGAGAAUUUAUGGUCAGUCCUGGUACGAAGGGUCUACGCGAAUGCCAAGCAGUAUACAACGGUCAACGGUCUGAAAAGAGCGAUUCGAGCCGAGUGGGAUGGUUUGGACAAGUCACUGCUGCAAUCACUCGUUGGCAGCAUGCCGAACAGGAUUUUCGAAGUCGCUUAAAAACAAGGAGGCAUCACACAUUAUUAAUUAAUCUUUUUUUGUUAUACUUUGUUGACUUUGUGAAAUGAAUUUUUGUUGAUUACUUAUAGUGGGUCUAUAAUUCUGGGUCGGUUAAAAAAAUCAGAUUUUUCUCGUAUCUUGAAAAAAACUUUUUCAACUGGGUGAUUGAUGAUUAUAUUAUGAUUAUGUUCCUUAUCAACAAGGUUUAUCACAAAAAAAGUUUGGUGGCUGAAAGUUUUUCAAUCUUUCUUGAAAUCGGAGAAAUUAGGGUGGGUCUAUAAUUAUGGGUCGCAGUGUAGCUAUAGCUGAUUCACGGCAAGCUUGGGACGCUAAAGGGGCUUGUCCUGUCUGCGCUCUCCACGAGCCAGGCGCUAUCUCGUGCAUUAUCGUGUCAGGACCCUUUUUUCGAUGGCUCAAGCCAGCCGUGAAUAAGCUAUAUAGGAGGCAUUAAAUAAGCCUUUUUUGAAAUAUACUUCACAGAAAAGUUCAGAGAUACUUCAUUGUUGUAAAAAUAUUGUUUUCAGUGCUCUGGACGGGCCAAGGGACCUACGUUGCUCAAAACAGUAACGUCAAAACAGUUGACAGAAACAGUAGCAUCGUUCUGGUGUUCGGACAAACCGCGUAAGUUUCAAUUUUCAGAAAAUCAAAUGAGCAAGUUGAAAAAGGAAAAAAAAAAGUUUUUCGACUUUAUAUGUUUCCAUAGGAUAGACCAACAUCUUUUUGAAAGUUUCUUCAAAACUUUUUUCAAUUUUCAGUCUCAUUUUUGGCGGUGCUUUCAUGUACAUCCUAAUCAGUAACAGCAGUCAUGACAAUUUAUUCGCCUCAGAACAGGUAAAAGUAUUUUUUAAUUAUCAUUCCGAUGAUAGGAAUAAGUAUUUUACUAAUUAUUCUAUAACCAAACUGUUGUUCCAGUCCAAAAUUCUGUUCACAACUUUUGGAGCUUGUUCAUUUCUUUCUGCCAUUCUUUUCGCUUUCAUGCCGACGAGCAAGGAAGCUGAAUGCAAGAAAAAAGGCUACAUCACCAUUUUGGGUUUCUCCUUCCAAUGAAACGGAAAAUAAACCAAAUUUUUUCAAGGCGACAUGUUCAAGCUGUUCACGACGCCGAAUAUGCUCCUUUUGUGCGUUUCUUUCGCUUAUAAUGGACUCCAAAUCGGCUUUUGGAUGAGUAAGGAUUAUUUUAUUUAUUCAAAAGAAGGAUUUGAAAUUUGCAGUUGUAUACCCUACAGCGAUUACUUUCACGAAGACUUUGGUGAGGGACACGAAAACCGUGAUAGCUCUGGUCAGUAUGUCGACGGGUGUCGGGGAAGUUGUGGGUCAGUUUUUGUUCUGCUGUUUCAAAAUGUGAGCCAGGUUCUCAUGAAAAAUGUUAAGGAAAAGCUCCGAUCUUUGAAAAUUCGAUGAAAAAUUUAAAGAGGACUGAAAUUUGAUCGUUUUGGAAUCUUGUUAGAACCUUUCAACAACCUUCUUCGGGAGGAUAGUAUUGAUCCAUUGAAAAUAAAAAUAAUGAAAAAUCUUCUGAUUAAUUAAAAAAUAUAUAAAUUGGAUCAUCAUUACAGCGGCACUCGCCUUUACGUUUCUGGGUGCGAGAAUCCAGAAAAUCGGCCGGCUGUCCAUGUUCUACACGGGAAUGGCGAUUCAUUUGGUGUGCUUCGCCCUGAUUUUCCUUUCUCUGCCGAGUGAAGCUACCCUUCGUCCGACCCACAGUACGGAUACCUACAUUACCCCAACGUUAGUUUUUUUUAAUCCUUAGAAAAUUAACAGAAUUGAUUGAGAUAAUUUUCAAGUUUUAGUGUCCCUAGUCAAAAAAAAGAGGUUCCCUCGUGAGAAAGCUACAUGAAAAACGAAAAAAACUCAACUUAUCAUUAAAUUGCUUCAGAAUGCCUCUAGUUGUAUUUAUCGCUUUCUUACUCGGCGUGGCCGACAUUUUCUGGUACCAACAGACGAUGGCCUUCGUCUGCGACGCCUAUCCGCACCAGGAAACGCCAGCUUUUGCUCUCAGUCGAUUUUUGCAGGUAUUUGAUACUUUACUUUACUUUGAUGUUGCAGGUAUUUAGUGGAAAAAACCAUCAAUUCCAACCAAAUACCUGCUUAAGAACUCCAGAGCGGUCCCUAUAGGGGUUAGGGGAAAAACAGCCGCUAUUAGGUCCCUAUAGGGGUAAAAUCAAAGUGGCCCCUAUGGGGGCCUUUCCGCUUUAUUUAAAAAAACGCUUAUUUAAUUUUUGCAUAAAAAUGCUUCUUCUCAUAGAGUUCAUAAAAGUCAUCGGCUAGCAUGUCUUCUAUAGGAGCCACUUUUGCAAGUUUCAGUGGCCCCUAUAAGGGUUGGUAAAGUGGCCCCAGAAGUUGCCCCUAUAAAGAUCACUCUGGAGUUUCAAAGAAGGUUUUUAGAGGCGCAGAAGUCUUACAUGAACCAAAAAAACACGAAAAAAACUUCUUCGCUUCUAAAAAAACUUCAGAAAAAAAUUUCUAAAUUGGAAAACAACUUUGAAAAUAGUAUAACGAAGAAAAUUUACAGGCGGGUAUGUCAGGAACGGUGAUGUUCUACUCUUCAAAAAUCACUCUCGACUAUCAGAUGAUGAUAGCGGCAAGCUUAAGCUUGACUGCCUGUAUUACUUUCGGAGUUUUACAAAGAAAUAUUCGAACGCAAACUGGCUAUAAAUCCAUUUUCUUCGGUGAUUUAAGACCACAAGGUUCGUUGUUUUCCAUUUUUCGUACGAAAAACCUCAAAAUAUUUUUCCAGGAAUCGCUCCGUCACUAGUAGCUGAUUGCAAAAACGUCAGCCAAGACUCCUUCAAACCGCUUGAGGAGUCUUACUAA